AUGGGGGAUCUGUUUAUGCUUAGGGUGGCUGUGGGCAUAUGCUGUGCCACCUUCAGUGCCUCUGCCUGGUCAGUGAACAAUUUCCUCAUAACAGGUCCCAAGGCCUACCUGACCUACACUACCAGUGUGGCCCUGGGUGCCCAGAGUGGCGUUGAGGAGUGUAAGUUCCAAUUUGCUUGGGAACGCUGGAACUGCCCUGAAAAUGCUCUUCAGCUGUCUACUCACAACAGGCUGAGAAGUGCCACCCGGGAGACUGCAUUCAUUCAUGCUAUCAGUUCUGCUGGAGUCAUGCACACCAUCACCAAGAACUGCAGCAUGGGCGACUUUGAAAACUGCGGCUGUGAUGAGUCAAAAAAUGGGAAAACAGGAGGCCAUGGCUGGAUCUGGGGAGGCUGCAGCGACAAUGUAGAAUUUGGGGAAAGGAUCUCCAAACUCUUUGUGGACAGCCUGGAGAAGGGAAAGGAUGCCAGAGCUCUGAUGAACCUUCACAACAACAGGGCAGGCAGGCUGGCAGUGAGAGCCACUAUGAAAAGGACCUGCAAAUGCCACGGCAUCUCAGGGAGCUGCAGCAUCCAGACAUGCUGGCUGCAGCUGGCUGACUUCCGGGAGAUGGGGGACUACCUAAAGGCCAAGUAUGACCAGGCACUGAAAAUUGAGAUGGAUAAGCGGCAGCUAAGGGCUGGAAACAGUGCCGAGGGCCGCUGGGCACCCACUGAGGCCUUCGUUCCUAGUGCAGAGGCUGAGCUGAUCUUUUUAGAGGAGUCACCAGAUUACUGUAUCCGCAAUUCCAGCCUGGGCAUCUAUGGCACAGAGGGUCGGGAGUGUCUGCAGAACAGCCACAACACAUCCAGGUGGGAAUGGCACAGCUGCAGGCGCCUGUGCACUGAGUGUGGCCUGCAGGUGGAAGAAAGGAGAAUUGACACCAUCAGCAGCUGUAACUGCAAAUUCCAGUGGUGCUGUACAGUCAAGUGUGACCAGUGUAAGCAUGUGGUGAACAAGUACUAUUGCACACGCUCCCCAGUCAGUACUUGGCCCCUAGGCAAAGUUUGGUUUGGAAUCCAUAUCCAGAAGGACCUUCAAAGUACUGUUCCCUGCAAGUUUCAGACCACAUUCAACACAGCUGUGCUGCUGAGAAUCAGAAGGAAUGGAAGCAAAAAAUUAAAGAGUUCUGUCCAGAUUCCUAAAGGAGCAACCUCCCCAUAUUCUGACUAG